AAUCUGAACAGGAGACUCUCUUUCCCAAAGCCAACCUCACUAAAUGUGACAGUCAGACGCGCCAUCCUAUCUAUAUACUAUAUCCCCUCUUUCCCGAGCUGCUCGCCUACGGCUACUCCUCCAAAAAUGGCGAUGAAAAGUACAGCUCCAACCAUGGCCGAUAUACUGGCCUGUUCCAAAUCCCAAAAUCUAGACCUCCAGCUCAAAACUUUAGGACCCUUUUUCAGAAUCACAGCAAGGAGUUUGGAAACAGGGAACGAACUCGGAAGAGCCGAAGGUUUGGUGAGGCUCUGGCUAGGGGGGAAGAGGAUUCUUCACUUGGACUCCAUUAGGCUGCAAAGAGAGACGCUUGGGAUGGAGAAGUCGAUCUUUGGGAUUGGGUUGUUCAUUGGAGCUGUCGCCAUCAGACAUGGCUAUGACUGUGGCUGCAACGUGGCUCAGUUGCUCGCCAUUAAUGACUCGGACCUUUAUCAUUCCAAGCUUGUGAAGUUCUACAUAAGGAUUGGGUUCAAGGCAGUUCAUGAAGUUAGUGGAUCUACACUUGAGGAUCUCGCCCACAUGCUGGUGUGGGGAGGGAUUGGAACCAGAAUGGAUGCUGAGAUUGAUCACCUUCUUCUUAAAUGGUGCACCAGGUUCACACCUUCAAGCUAAAGCCACCCUGCCAGCUGCUCAUCAUCCAUUCUGCAUCUGUUCAUUCCGUUGUCUCAAAUUCGUAGACAUUCUAAUGUGUAUAGCUAGAGACAGAGGAUACUCAUGCUUGUUUAAGGGAAUAUAAAAUUCUG